AUGUCUUUAGAUCAGUUUAUAAGAAUUGCCGAUAGUAUAAUAGAGUUUGAAGCGGACCUUAAGGAUAAUCGAUAUCCAUUAUCGUCUGUUCAUACACUUGAGGUCCAUCGUGAAGAAUUAAAGACAAGCUGGGCACGUCUCAAGGAAGCAUAUGAAAACUUUUUGUUGGACGCUGAAAAAGAGGUUACGGAAGAAGACGAUCUCUUACUUCGUUCUGUUGAAUCAUUCAAAGCGAAGUACAAAAGUACAUACACCACAUACUGCAAUUGUUUAACGAAAUUGUCUGAAAUUUCAGACACACUUCGAUUCGCAUCGUCAUCCAAUCCUGAAGUUGUGGUUUCAGCAUUUCCCAGUACAUCCCGUGAUCAUGUGUCCCAAAAUUCCCAUCGUUCCGAGUUACAUGGCCUUCAUUUGCCUCCAGUCGAAAUCGAAGCUUUCGGUGGUGACUAUGCUUCAUGGCCAACAUUCCGGGACAUGUUUAUAGCAGUCAUUUCCAACUCAAAAGCCAGCAAUGUCGAAAAGCUGUUUUUCCUUACGCAAAAAACAAAAGGCGAAGCCAAAGAAAUCGUACGAAAAAGUCCUCUAACCAAUCAAGGUUUUGACCUAGCGUGGAAAAACCUCUGUUCGCGUUAUGAGAAUCGUAGAGUUUUGAUAAAUGGUCAGUUAAAAACACUUUUUAACCUUCAAACAAUCAGUUCAGAAUCUGGUAGAUCAUUAAAACAGUUACAGAGAGAUAUCAACUCAUGUAUCUCCAUACUGACUCUUUAUAAUAUUGACGUGACUAGCUGGGAUCCGAUUUUUGUGUUUAUAUGCACGAAUAGGCUUCCAGAACAUACCUUAACAUUAUGGGAACAGGGAUUAAAAGACAAAACUGCUCUUCCCAAAUGGUCCGAACUGGACGAAUUCCUUACCAAUCGUCAUAGAACUUUAGAGUCAGUAUCCGAAAUUCGAAGUUCUUCUAAUUCAAAAGGCAAUGAUUCGAAAUCUAAAUCCAACACCAACUCGAAUUCCAAACAAAAGGUUCAUAGCUUUCAGACAAAUGUAACUGGGUUUAAAUGUCAGUUAUGUCCUAAAGAAACUCAUACCAUUCGAAGAUGUCCUAAAUUUCUGAAAAUGGACCAUCAACGAAGACUAGAUGAGAUUAAACGAGAAGGUUUGUGUUUGAAUUGCUUUUCAAAAACACAUAGUGUGCGGAAUUGCAUUAGUAAACUUAACUGUUUCAAGUGCAAGAAGAGACACAACACCCUUCUUCAUAAGGAAGCCGAUGCUCCUCAGUCAUCUCAUCCAGUCCCGAGUCCAAGUCCAAAUUCUACAAUUAAACCUAGCUUAGCUCCAGAUACUCAUCCAAAUCAAAAUAAUAUUCCGUCCACUCAUAGUUCUGGUUCAGUUAGCGUUCAAACUUGCUUUGCUUCAAAUACUAAAGGAGUAUUAUUGGGAACAGCUUGGGCAAAUAUCUGUCAUAUGGGUAUAACAUACCAAGUUCGCGCCUUAAUAGAUUCGGGAUCAGAGGGAACUUUCAUAUCUGAACGGGUUUUCCAUCGUCUAAAACUUCCCUCUCAGUCUAUUGAUGUCCAAAUUUCUGGCUUGAACGAAACUGUUUCUGCUAAAGUCCAAUAUCAAUGUUCCUUUGUAUUGGGUUCUCAAAUUAAUAAUGAUAUUGCGAUUCCGGUAACGGCUCUUGUAGUUCCUCACUUGUCAAGUAAUCUCCCAGCACAAACAAUUGCAUAUUCAAAAUUUUCGAAUCUUCCUCAAAUCCAGCUGGCUGAUCCUAAAUUCUAUUCCAGUUCGAAGAUUGACUUAUUGAUUGGUGGUGACAUUUUCCCAUCUAUUGUUUGUUCGGGAAUCAAGCAUAAUGUAUGCGAUUCUCUUCUGGCCCAAGAAACCAUAUUCGGUUGGAUUCUUACAGGUCCUGUCAACCAUUCAACCAAUCAAAGUCCCACUACUAUAGUCUCAAACUUCUGUGAAAUUUCCUUAGAUAAGCAAAUUUCACGCUUUUGGGAGGUGGAAAAUCUUCCAAGGAAGAACUAUGAGUCCCAUUCCGAUAAAGCUUGUGAAGAACUGUAUAUACGUACCACGCAAAGAAACGCUGACGGAAGAUACGUUGUAUCUCUUCCAUUCAAAGAGCAAUUUCCAGAUUCAUUGAACUUAGGCCAUUCUAGGUCCUGUGCCAUGGCACAGUUCUUUCGUAGUGAGGCAAGGCUGAUCCGAACACCAAAUUUCAAAGUUGAUUAUGAUAACGUGAUCCGUGAAUACGAAGAUCUUGGUCACAUGGUCAAAGUUAAUUCAGACAACCUAUCGAACAGUCCACAUGUAUAUUAUCUUCCCCACCAUGCCGUUAUCAAACCAGAUAGUAUUACUACCAAAGUUCGCGUGGUGUUCAAUGCCUCUGCUCCAUCAUCCAACGGCCAAAGUUUAAACUCUUUGCUCCACGUAGGACCGGUUUUACAAAAUGACUUAACUGCUCUUAUUCUAAAAUGGCGUUUUUUCAAAUACGUUUUCAAUGCCGACAUUCAGAAAAUGUACAGGCAGAUUUGGGUAAAUCCUGAACAUACGCCAUAUCAAAGAAUAUUAUUCCGUAGCAAUCCAAACAGUCCGAUCUGUGAUUAUGAAUUGAAAACUAUCACUUUCGGUGUUAAUUGUGCGCCAUACCUUGCCAUUCGAACAUUACUUCAAUUAGCAGAUGAUGUUCAAUCCACUUAUCCGAUCGCAAGUUCUAUAUUACGGAAUUCGAUGUACGUUGAUGAUGUGCUUGCAGGAUCUCAUACAAAGGCCGAUUCCGUUAAAGCAAGAAAUGAGCUAAUUCAAGCUCUGCAAUCCGCUGGAUUCUCUCUAAGAAAGUGGACAUCUAACUCCAAGGAUAUUUUAGCAAAUAUUCCUAUGGAUCACUUACUUCAUCAAGAUUUCUUGAAAUUCGAAGAUAGUAGUUCCACAAAGACUUUAGGUAUCCGAUGGAAUGCGUGUUCGGAUGAUUUCUACUUUGUUGCAAAUACUUUUCCGGAAUCCCUCAUCAUGCCCAAAUCAUCGUCGAAAUCCAAAUCCAAUUCCUCCCAAACAGGAUUGCCUGCUCGGUACAAUGCUUUUCCUUGCCGCAUAUGCAAACGGCCACAUCCUCUUCGAACUUGCCGCAAGUUCUUGGCAAUGAAUAUUUCUGACCGUAUUCGUGCAGUUCGCGAUAAUAAAUAUUGCACCAAUUGCCUGGCGCAUGAUCAUUCGCACGGUACGUGUUUCACUAAACAUGGAUGUAAACACUGCCGCAAGUUCCACCAUACUCUUCUUCACGUCAACCCUAGAUUGGCUUCAGAUAUUCUACCUUCACAAUCCCGUUCUCGCUCGCAGUCCCCAAAUAUAGGAUCAUCGAAAUCUUCGAGAUCACGUAAUUCUUUGGCAUCCAGGCCUAAAAUGGAAUCUCCCAUGUCAAAGCAAUUUGAAAUUAAUUUAUAA